AUGCCAGGAUUUUCCGUGAAAAUGCUGAAGGAAGAACUCCCUGAUUCAAAAUUUCUUUGUGAAUGGUGUGAAUCUCUGUUACGUGGAGCAUUAAAGGCUAGCUGUGGUCACUUCUUUUGCAUUUCAUGUGUUGAUAAUCUACUUUGGUAAGUAGAUAAUUAUUAAAUAGUUUUUUCGUGAUAGGGUGAUUUUAUUUAGCCCGUGAAAUAGGUAGUAGAAUACUACACACUAUUAUGCACUAAUUCCAUUUACCUCUUGCUUUUCACAGUAAUUGUUAGUAUCCUUUUCACAGGUCAAGUAAAAUCACUCUAAGAUGUAACUGAAGCAGACCCACUUACUAGAUAACUACGAUCUUGGACAAUAAUGUUUAGAAAAAUGGAUCUUGCCAUGUCUAGUUUUAAGAUAAAUUUCUUGAGAGCACUGUUAACUAAAAAUACUCUUUCUCUCCCCUGGGAUUAUCACUGACUUCUAAUCCACAGUGAACAACAUUGACCAAGGUUGAGUGAGGCGAGGCGUACAGCAGUAACAAAUCUAACCGGAUGAGCAUUCAAAGUGUAAAAUUCUGAAUACUUUUUGUCCAUAUUUCCAAAAUUGUACUCUGUACGUGUAGCUUGUUUUUCCCAUCCCAUGAGGCCACUCAUGAGCAGUUAAUGUCUUGGGUCAAUGUCUUUAACAUGUGCUUGUGUGUCUGGUGUGUGUAAUGCUGUGGCAGGUUGACAUCAGCUUUCAAGCUGCUUAACCCACUUUAUCAGUUACAAAAUAAUGGUGAUGAUGAUGUUGAUCAAGAUAAGUACAAGUGAUGAUAAUCGAAUCCUGAUCCUACAGAGUACAUUAAUGUGAAAUAAGAAUAUUAUUAUUUUGAUAGUACCCUUGGUAUUUCUGGAAGUAUAUUGGAAGUGGCAGGAACUGUAGUAGAAACGUACAAAAUACAGUGUAUGGAUCUCAGGGGUCUUGAAUGAUUGUACAAUUACAUUAAUUUAUUACAGUGUAUUUUAUUUUCUGUUGAUUUUAACCCCUCACAAUGCCAUUAACACAUAUUAUUUAAUUGAGUUGUAUAAUUUAAAUUACAAAUGUAUUUGACACAGUUAAACUAACUUCUACUAAUGGCCACUCCACGGCAAUGGCCUGUGAGAGAUAAUAUUGCAAGCGCAUGCACCAACUCAGCCUUUGAAGGGCUAAUGUGAGUGAUAGCGUUCACCAACUGAACCAAGGGUGGGUGGGUGGGUAUGCAAUCUCCCAGCACUUUAUAUUUUGGUAGAAUCUCAAUCAAACUUAAAAGAAGAAAGAAGGCUUAAAAUUCAAUUCGGUGACCCAUACUGGAGCCUGGAUUUGUGCCACAUCUGGAAGUCUCCCAGAUAAUCCAGGAGAGUUGGCGUAUCAUUUACAUGAGAUACCUCUACAUGUACCUGUGUGUCUCCACGUGGGCUAUUGUGGAGAGGUUUGAAUGUGUAUAACUCUUAAGUUUUAUGUAAGCUGACACUGUUGAUUUAUGUGAAUAUUUAUUCCAGUGUAAAUCCAGGAAGAGUGUCAUAUUGCCCAAGAAGCAACAGGCCACUUUUUCACAUUAACACUGAGGUACAGUUAAAAAUUGAAUUUACAUGUUAUCAUGUCAAUUCCCCCGUCUCAAUUGCGCAUUGAUGUGGGAAAAGAAUUUUCAAGUUUUAGUUUAGGUUAUUAUGGAGAAAAAAUGCCUUGAGUAGACAGGAUACAUAAAUAGGGAUUAUGCAGAAAAUUAUUUUAGCCAAUGGUUUUCUGUUUUUCCUUUCCUUCUCUAAGGUAUUUAGCCCCUGCAACGACAGAAAUGUUCAUGUUCAUAACUUCUGUUUGUAUCCCCCAUAAGAAGUCAAAAUAAAAUGCCGGAAAAACUUAACUUAUUUUAAUGAUACACUAGUGAGCAGCACACAUACAUUUCCAGUGAACAUUUUCAACUUGGAAGGAGGAGAAACCAUGCUCGCCCGGGACAAAGGAAAUUUCCAUGCCCCGGGCAAGAAGUGAACUCGCGACCCUCUGGUUCAGUGGUUGGAACGUCUGAUAAAUUAUAAACAUGUAGUAUUCGGAGGGUCGUGAGUUCAAUUCUCGCCUAGGGUACGAAAAUUUUCGUUGUCCCGGGCGAGCAUGAUUUCUCCUCCUUCCAAGUUGGAAAUGUUCACUGGAAGUGUAUGUGUGCUGCUCACUAGUGUAUCAUUAAAAUUAAUAAAAAUAAAAUUAAUUUACACAACCAUGAGUUCGUGAGAAAAAAACAAAAUGGCCGGUGAAAGUUAGGUGAUACCAACUGAUUUUAUUUUUCUUUUUAUAAUCUGAGUUGUUUUUUUUUAUGAUCCGAGUUGAUCCGAGUCCAAUUUUAUUUUAUUUUUAUUUUUUUAUACGAUCCGAGUUUGUCCGAGUCGAUCCGAGUUGAUCCGACCUGGACUGGUGGUCCGAGUUGAUCUGGUCCGACUUUUGUACCUGCCGUUUUAAAAGAAAGGGUGUCUUGUCAAUGAGGGUUAAUUUUUCGCAUCACAGACCCAAGUCAUGAUCAGUAAGUGCUGUAUUAGUCUCUACUUAUUACAAUUAAUGCCACAAGAGGCUUGUUCUUACACAAUAAUGAUAUUACACAUAUACCAAAUGUGGAUAAUAUAAAUGAAAACAUUUUCCUGUAUUUUUAUAAAGAUCAUAUUUCUUUUCAGUUUUCUCCUGCAGAUGCAGCCUUUUGUGAUGAACUGCAUGAUUUGGAAGUUCAUUGUAAAGAAUGUUCCUGGAGUGGAAAACUGCAGAAUUUUGAGGUAUGUUUAAUGAAAUAAUUAUCAGUUGACACCUAAAAUUUUCAAACAAAAAGAGAAAGAAAGAAAAACUUGUGUCUUAUUGGGGCUUAUAAUUUUAAAGCUGUUUUGGAUUACAGUGUACAUAGCGGCUUACAGUGUACAUACAAAGAGGGCCAUAGUUUAUCAUAGUAUUAUUUAUUUGGGGGGGGGGGUGGUAUUUGUGUCAGCAAUUAAUCUUUCAUUGUUCAAAUGAUAAUAAUAAGUCUGGAAUAUCCCUAAUUUCAACCAAUGAGAAGGCACGCUUGUGUUUAUCAAAACACAAAUCAAAACGUCGCCCCAGUGAUCAAAAAUUUUCACAACAGCAGACGGAGUCGGACAGAAUUAAAGAUGAGCUUACAGUACUUGUCUAGGUUUCACAUUAUUUUUAAUAUUUCAAAGAAAACAUUUCAUGGAAGAGAAUAAGAGCAUUAUUUGUUGCAAGGAAUCAUUGGGGUGUUCCAACUGAUUCCGGGCCGAUCACAGAGAUCGUGGCUUCACUGGCAUGGCUUGCAAGAUUUUUGAUAGAAGCAAACUGGUCCCGUGUAAAAAUAGCCUUAGAGAGAGUGUAAAAAUUUGUUGAGAUUGUACAAAACAGGAUUGGUACUACCUAUUAACUUCUACAGGACAAGAAUAAAAGAACCAGUCAUCAUAACAAGAAUAAAAAGUAUUUCAAAUUUAUUAAUUUGUCUUGUUUGUGUUGUUUCGUGUUGACUUCUUGCAUCUGGUGCUUUCUUUGCUUGCUGUAGUACCUGCAGUGUUUUAAUUUUAUCCCAGAUAAUCAGUGCAUGUUGAGUAGCGAAAUACAUCAUUUACAGUUGAAAUUUUUCUUCUUUCUUUGAUUGUUUUUUAACUGUGGAUGAACAUUUGGAGAAUCCAACAAACAAUCAAAUUCUUUCCAGAUUUGGUGAAUUUCAGAAACAAAGCAGCUAGUAUCUGCCUUGCACUUAUGAUCUUCAAUUUCAUCCCCACAAAUUAGGCAAAGUGAGGCGAGAUGUUGGACAUGAAUAUAUCCAUAAGACUAAUAAAGUUGUUUUGGCCUUGAAAAGAAAAAUGGCAAAGGCUCGUACUACUGCGAAAAAAGUAAUAACACCGCUCUGUUAGAAACCCGGGAGUAGAAAACGUAUGUGUUUUGGACCUCACAAUUCAAAAAUUGUCUACCAAAGUUCUAGGUUGUCUACCAUCCCCACAUUCAACACGAUAAAAGUUAAUUGAUAUAACAAUGGAGGAAAAAUAUCUAGAACUUCCUAAAAAAUUUGUGAAUCGAAAAAAUAAUAGAUAGUUAUUCACCUACCUUGAAAACCGACCAAAAAUCUCGCCUAUACAUUGCAUUGUUUAAAAGAAGAAGUAAGCCACAAAAUGUGCUGAAUAUUUCACGAGACACUUCUAAUAUGGCUUCUGAUAUGCUGCCCACUUAAAAAAAUAGUGUGUGCCUAAUGAAAAGUCUUAAUUAAUGCCUGAGAGCCUCGAAACAAUGACUGAUUCUGUCCGACUCCGUCUGCUGUUGUGAAAAUUUUUGAUCAGUGGGGCGAUGUCUUGAUUUGUGUUUUGAUAAACACAAGCCCGCCUUCUCAUUGGUUGAAAAGUGUCGAGUGACCAGUUGGCCCCGUCCUUUAAUUAAGGGAUAUUCCGGACUGAUGAUGGAACAUUGUCUAAAACUUUGUUUAAAAAAAUGCCUCAAAACAUACCAACUAACAGUCAAGCUGUAAUGUAUAGCAGUGUACUUGAUCCCACUAUUACAAUCUCAAGAACCUUGCAACAAAGAAACACAAUUUCCAACAGUGUGGGGACAAAGAAAUUAAAAGCGAUGAACAUGUUAAAGCAACGCCUCUAUAGGUAACAGUCAUUGUCUUUUUUCAUUGUGUAGACUAUUCACUGGCAGGAAGCAUAAAUUAUGUCCUCUCAGAGGAUGAUUUUUUGCUUGGAAAAAAUAAACUGAUGUGGAUGGGGGGCAAAAGUGCCCCCGGCCCGUGCGCCUGUGCUUGAAAACUGUGAAUAGAAAUGGAGGACGAAUACCAUUUUCUAAAUAUAUGCCCUGCUUACCAGGAAAAAAGAUGUUCGUUACUAGAUUAUUUGGAAAAAGAAUAUAGAAUAAAAAUAAGCAGCAUGUGACUUAACAAAAAUAUUCAUGUUUCUAAUAAACCCCCCUAGUGGAAAUGCUAAAAUACAUAUAAAAUUAUUCGAAUGCUUUGAAAAAAGGAAAGGGGAAGAUGGCAAAAAGUAAAUUCUCCAGGACUUAAUUAAUUAUUUAAUUAAUAUCUUUUUAGUCAUAUAUGGUUAGGAAUUUUUUAGUUGUUUGUAAUUUUAGUUAUUUGGAAAUAGUUUAUUGUAUAAGACUACAAAUAAAUAAGACAUGUAUGUAUGUAUGUAUGUAUGUAUGUAUGUAUGUAUGUACGUACGUACGUACGUACGUAUGUAUGUAUGCAUGCAUGUAUGCAUGCAGGCCCUAGUCUGGCGGGCAUGCCCUGUUGUAUUUUGAGAUUGCUUACACAACAAAAUGUUGUCCUGAGAUACAGCAAUUUAGAUGCUGAUGUUUCAGUUCCCUCUUAUGGUAAAAAAACCUUUGCUCCCCUUAAGUAAGGAUUUACUCUUCCAAUUCACUGUUUCCACAUAGACCAUAAUGCACCUUGUUCAACCCCUCAAAAAAAAAAUUAAAAAAAAGAAGCAAAACCAUUGUCUUUGCUGCAAUUUUUUUUUUUUUUAAGGGGGGGGGGGGGGCCGGGGGGUUAAAACAGUGGAUUUAUGGUUUUUUGUAAAAGGUAAAAAUUGGCAAACAAAAAUGCAUUUCCCUAAAAAUAUUUCAACAAUUAAACUGCGUAGCUCGGGGAUGACAAUUUAUUUCUUUAUACAUAAUAAAAUGAUUUUGUUCCACAUGUACUCACUUUACAAAAAAAGAACAAACCUAUGUGAUAUCACAUUAAAAAAAAAUAUAAUAAAAAAUAUGAAAAAGUUGUUCGUUUGGUGAAUUUUUUUUUUUUUUUGUGGGGGGGGGGGAGGGGCGGGGGGUUAAACAAGGUGCAUUAUGGUCUAUGUGAAAAUGGUAAAAUUGGCUAAAGAAAAUGCAUUUGCCUAGAAAGUUUUCAGCCAGUAAACUACAUGGAUCUGGGAUGACAAUUUUUUUUCUACCUCAUUAUCUCUUAGAAUUAGGAAACAUACUGUGAAGAUGUUUUUGAAUUCUUAAAUCACAUUAGCCUGAAUUUUAUCCGUUUACUUCGAGUCGUUAUUACUCCCUCAGUAAUGUCGUUGUUGAGAGGAGAAAAUGACUCGAAGCAAUCGGAUGAAUUUUAGGCUAAAAUCACAUAUGCAAAAAACACCUACUUUCCUGGUGGUUUCAUAGUAAAGACAAACCCAAUUGUAUGAUUGUGUAACUUUGCAGCACUUUUCAAAAUUACCAGAUGUCCUUAAGGCUGUUAUUGUGUAGAGGGCUUCAACAUUAUUACUCUUUUCUUUCAUUUCUGAAUGACAGUUAAGUUUUGUUAUUAUUCAUUCAAAAUAUUUCCCCAAUUCUGAUUGGCUAGAAGCACAUGCAUAAUUCACCAUAACCAGUUACUGAUGACCAAAUUUGGAAGAAUUUUGUGUUUAACGAGGAAAUGUCGUCAAAAAUGCAGCCUUCUACAGGUUAAAGCAUCGCUAACCGAGAAGACCUGGGGACGAGGUUGAGUUGUAUUGGUUGUGAAAACAAUAAAUGGCGGACAUUUAACUCGUUUCAAGAGUAAGAACUAGGCGAAAUUAUAGCCAAAAACAUGGCAAGAACAGCAAGAACACAACUCAAGGGCGACAUCUGCUAUUUGGAGAAUAUUUGCGGAGCUGAACAACCCUAAACAUGCCCUAUCGAAGGUGAACUUAACAUCAAUGGAAGUAAGCAUGUUUUCACUUUGUUCUCAAACUAGGAAUUAUUUUGAAUGAAUAUUAAAACAAUUAUUGAAUUCGGCUUUCGUAUCCUAUGAAGAAUAAUGGAGAUCGGAGGGUUUUAUCCGCCUCCGCCUACGGCCUUAACGGAUACCACCCCCCUCGAUCUCCACAAUUCUUCAUAAGAUACUCAGCCUCAUUCAUUAAUUGUUAAUUAUUCCAAUUUUCUUGAGCUUAAUUCAAAGUGCUCAUGAAUGGUUUUAAUAUGUUGCCAUCAGCACCAUUCAGGAACUUGUGAUUUUAACAGUUACUGUCAAAAACAACGGAAACAGUAUGUUAGAGAGGAAAAUCCCUGUAGUCAAAUGGAGGUUUACAAUUAUCAAGUGGAUGGUAAUUGUGAGUUGUUGAAACCUGGAGCAGCUAGCAGUGUAGUGAGUAUUUUUCAUAAAUAUAUUUGAGGGUUUAGAAUGAGUUUGCCCUAUUCAAAUAUAUCCUGUUGUAUGUUGUCGUUUUCUAAACUAUUUUCGCAAAAGUGAUACAGCAGUCUUGACUUUUUCUUUUCAUUUAUUCUCCUCCUUUUCUCUUUCGCUUUCCUUGCCACAUUUUUUUCUCCUUUUGCUGGGCCUUUAUCAGGCUUCGUUUCUUUGGGAAAGCUUUUAGGAUCUUAGGAUAAUGAGAUGAAAACAAAGGUAGGUAGGUUGGUAGUACAAAGAAAAUUUAAUGUGUAUCGCUCUGCAGUACUAGUUUUUUCUGCAUUUUGCAGCACGUAGUAAUACUAAUUAACAUAAAUAAACCAUAUGGAAACUUGUGACUUGUCACCAACUACUAAAAGAAGACCAGCUUGCCAUGUUGGUACCAUAUUCUACGAUUUUGCAAUGUUAUUUUGUGUCACUGUACACCAUUUUUCCAGUAGAAACAUACUAAGUGUGACCUGUGAAAUUCUGGCUCUAUAUAUACAGGCAGGGCAACAGCACUGUGUGGGGACUAAUGACGUUAACAGCAACUGUACAGAAGAGAAGAAACAAGGCAAUGAGCGAAACCACUUAGGUCAAAUAGAGGGCAACAACAAUAAGCUGGAUGAUACUUAUGAGUUGUUGAAACCUGAAGUAACUAGCAAUGUGGUGAGUUGUUCUGGUGCAGUGUGUUAUUUUACUCUUGGCUUCUCCUGUUGUUAUAAGCGUGAUGGGCUGGAAUUCCCCUGUAUGAUGAGUAAUUUCUAGGUGGAUCAAUCUAGUUCAGGGGUUUAGUAAAUAAACCAAACGCAUAUCAUGAUUGGUCAGUGGCUAUAUUGUGUAUAAAAAAUUGUUUUCUUUAUUUAUCCACGCAAAAGUGUUGAACUUUCUUUGUGGAGCGGGAAAUAAAGUAACAAUUACAGUGUUUUUAUUGAGGAAAAAAUGGAAGUCUAAGGAAACUGGGCCUUUAAUAGUGGGCCGUUGUAUACAGGUUCGCCCGUACUGCAUCAAACUGUUUGAUAAGGACUAUCAGAAGACUCUAAGGCUGUUAAGAAUUGGAAGAAGCAAUUAGUAAGGAGCGGAGGGGGUGGCUGUGAGGAGGCGCGUACACUGUAUCUGGGGUCCAUUUCAUGGAAUCUCUCUUAUGUUCACGUGCUUUGGAGGGUGUCGUAGUGCUGCACAAAACAAAGAGCAGUACAAGGCUCAUAUUUGACGGUUCAUGCCGUUUUAUUCGGUAGUGCGUUAGGAUAAAAUAUUUGCAUCAGAUCUGUAUGGGGAUUUGCAUCAUUAUUUUCCACUGUUAAUGCCCAUACAGUGCUACUGCUGAUAUUUUGUUCAUUAUUUGUCUUUUCCUAACCUGUGCAGGUCACUGAAAAAACAAACCGUCACAUUCAUUCUGACCUCCAUGAUUAAGGUUCCUGUGUUUGCUGCGUGACACUGUUUUUGACCUGUUACUGAGUAUAAAGUGGACUGAUAAGUCUGUAUUUGGUCCGUGGGACAUUCCGCUUCCGGGUCGUUUCUAGAGUCACCAUAGUCUUGAACUUUGAGCUGACCUAACGUCCACGGAUAAAUAAGAGAAAAGCAUAAGCUUCAAAAGGUAUUGGUAGUUACGAAAUGUCUUAUUGUUUUUGAAUGAAGGCAUUUUAUAUCUGUUAGAUAAUUUACCAUGAAUUGUACCAGUGCUUAACAACUAGAGAUUAUUAAGUUUGCUUUUUACAGACCUCGUUUAUUGCUUUUUUGGGUGUUGCAGGACUAAAGCUGCCUGAUUUGACCUUUUUAAUUACAAGCAGCUUGUAAUCAGACAGCUACAUGUAUACAACUAUGUCAUGAGCAAAGCCGUCCAUAGGCAACAUUAUUGGGUUAUGUAUGGUUUCUGGCUGUUAGAAUGUGUUUUGCACCUAGAAAUUACCACCAACAAUGUAUUAUUUGUCUGUUUCCAUAAGAAAUGACUAAUUUUCCUUUCAGAGGGACAGCGAAGAUGACCCUACGCGUCUUGAGGCAUCUGGUGGGCAGCUGGGAAAAUGUAAAUACUGCGAAGUCCAAGUCAAUCCCAGUGUGAUGGAGGUAUCUUAAGCUCGUGCAAAAGGACGCAACAUUAUUAGCCAACAAUUCCCAACAUUGUUGGGUGUUACAUGUUGCGUCCGUUUGAACACUCUGUUGCAUUUUGUUGCAUGUCAGUUGUUGGACGUUGUUCAUGCGCAAAGUUUGAAACGAGUCAAACAUAAUUAGCCAACAACUCCCAACAUUUCUUUUGUUUCGUUAUCCCCGAAGCGUAUAGCGCAACAAUGUUGGAUCCGUUUGCACAGCUCUUAUAACAUUAUUGCGGCCACGCACGCGCAUUAGACAUGUUGUUCUCCUCCAAUGGGUUGUAUCCUUCUAAUGAUGCACUGAAGGUCUCACUAUUUUUGACAGUUGUUUCCUCCGUUUGCAAUCAAUGCCAACACGCACACAACAACUCCUAACAUUGUUGGCCUAGCAAUAUUGGGGGUUGUUGCGUCCGUUUUCUACGUAGCUUAAGUGGGCUUGUUUUACCAAAUGGCCAUCCGGCCCAUUGAGGUGGGUUUUUGCUGUUCUUUUGUUGUUUUCUUGUUCUUCUGCCAUAUGUUAAGGCACUAGUUCUGCUAUUUCUUUCUGGAAGAAAAAAAAAACGUGCGACUGAAAUUUUCCUGCCAUUUUCUCCAGCUCCAAAACAGCUACCAAAACAACUAAGCAAACACAACCUCGUGGCCAGGUCUUCUCGGUUGCCGUGCCUUUUUCUAGCGUUAUCCUGCACUAUUGACGUCAUUUUACCGCCCGGAUAUAACAGGCGUCUUCUAAAUUUGGUUAGCGCUGGUUAGUUAUGAAAAAUUAGCUCCAGGAUUUGAGCUAUUUACAAGCGGAGAAAUACUUUGAAUGAAUAAUAUACAACUUUCCCCCGAAGGGGUGGUGAAUAGUGGUGAAUAGUGGUGCAAAUACCGAGACGCAAAGCGUCGAGGUAUAUAUCAAGCACUGUCCGCCGACCCUGAGGGGAUAGUUGUUUUAGUAUUUACCAAAUCAGUUGGAUAAAAAAUCAAAAAGGAACUUUUUGUAAAUAACGGUCUUCACUUAGUUAGAGUUUGUUUACGUUGCAAUUGACAGUGUUUCGGGGAUUAUUUUUUUUAUGAUUUUGUUCCAAAUUCAGUAAGAGAAUUUUUUUUCUACCCACCAGUAAACGCUGACAAGCCAAAUUUUGUCUCUUUCUUGGUAUUUGUUGGUGCAGCUGCUUCAUUUACCGCUAAAAUUUCAUCUUUCGAAACUGUCGCGAAACGAGAAGCCAUUUUGAAUCCCGUCCCAAAACAGUGAAUAUCCAAGGAUAUUUCGAGUUACGGGGAGCCAAUGAGAAUGCGCGAAAAUCGCUAUCCAGUGAUUUGGUGAAUACUAAUUAAUAAUAUGUUUUAGUCUAUGAAUAAAUAAGAAGAUGCUGUCUUACUCUUGCACACGUAAGUAAAGGAACAUAGAAUUACCCCAUGCUGGAUAUUUCAAGGUCAGUCAUCCCAUACACCUAACUUGGCGUUAGUCCUAGUCGUUAGACAUUUGGGACCAUGCGUGGCAAAGAACGAAAGGCAGGUCGCUCAACAUGUUUCGUAUUUCCUUUGCAGCUUCAUUAUAAAGAAUGUGAGGCAUUAUUAGUUGUAAUUGACAAAUGUGGAAAGGACAACAAUCACCAAGAAAAGGUACUGUGAGUACUGUAAUCGCUUUUUCAGGAGAAAGGUCUUUCCACACUAUUAGCAACAGUAGCCUUGGUCACUGGCGUUCGAGAGAAGGGGAAGGUAAUUUGGGCGCGAGGCAGAAUCCCCAGGUUUCCUCGUGCGCCCUUAGCACUUCACACGCGCCCGAAAUCUCCUUUCCCUUCCCUCGAACAACUGCCACGCAGACUACAGCAUGAAAACGUCUACUCUAUUGUAAGUGAUUUUUAAAAUUGUAGCUUUUGAAGCAGUAUUUCCCCGUAUAAAUUACAGUUUUAAACCCCUUUCUGACAGGGUCCUGAACAAUUCAAGCAUUAAUUAGUAGUAAGCGAGUAAAUGUAAAUUUAUUGUGGGUAUCCAUCUUUUGUAAUGUAGCGAUAUGUCAAUAAAGUUGGUUUAUAUUGCCCUUGCAGGUAAAAGAAAUGAAUUACAAGACUUCUCUUUUGCCUUUAUCACGGAAGGUAUUGCCAGCUUGCAAUUUGGUAGGUGAAAGAGAGCAAAUCACAUCCAUGGGGAAAGACCGGUUUCUAGCAAAUGCUGACAAUCAGGGCGCAUCGUCUUACCACUUCCCUGAUGAACAAAACAUUGUACAUAGGCUACGUUUCCUUGAGAACAAGGUUGCUCAACACGAUUUCCUUUUAGAGGAAAAUCGCCAUUUCAAACAAGAGAUCCAACGCAUUUCCUCUGCUCUCUGUGGUUUUAAACGAAAAAUAGAGUGUAUUGAAGAAAUGUCUGCUGAUUCACGUUGCUGGCAAAGUGACUGUUUUAAAGCCAUUUGGGAGACGUUUGAGGCUUUAAAACUUAAUCAAUCUGCUUUGCAAGCCCAAAUGGAAAACCUUGCCUCGCGUGAACUUCAUGUAAAGCUAACAAGAACCAUGAGGAGCAUUGCAGCUAUGCAGGAACAAAUUCGGAACUUAGAACAACAUAUCCUGUCACAUGGGAAUAUGUUAGGUAAUCUCUCUAAUGCAGUUACCUCCUUAGCCAACGAGGUUCGGGAACUCCCUAGUGAACGAAUAUUUGACAUAGAAGGUGUCUGA